ACUUGUCGUUUGGUUCUGCUCUUAAACAUGGAGGAGAGAGAAGCGCUUAAAAGUCAAAUUGAGCUUCUGCAGAAUCUCAUCAACAAACACAAAAGCAUCCAUGGCGACAAACCAUUUACGGGAUCUGAGCCGAGACCUUCAGGAAGUUCCACAUCUCGACCAGAUCCUAGUGUUUCCACCAUCUAUCCCCACAGCUCCAGACGGAGUGCGUAUGCCUUUCAGAGAGGCGUAAGCUGGACAAAAACAUACUCACUGAAAAAUAAGACCCCCUCGGCUUCCGCCUCCACUUCCUCCUCUUCUGCUCAUCACCAGCCUGUAAGCCACAGCGUCUCACUGCCCAGUGCCAGCAGAGGAAAGGAGAGUGGGGGGAGCCAGACUGCCAGUUCAUCUUCAGGGAUCCCUCAAAAUCUUAAGGACGGACAUACGAAGACGAGAAUAACGGGAGCAGCAGCAAUUGCAAACAAGUCUGUGAUGUCUCAUCAUGACAUUCAGCACAAGCCGAUUGCUGAAAGCCGACAUGUGGUCCAACAGGGAAAUGAAGGGAUUGUUUCAUUAAUCAAAGCUAGUACCUCAACCAGCUCACAGAGUGGCCCCCAAGUUAAGAUUAAGCCCUCAUUGAGCAACAAAUCCAACUCUACCAAACAGAAUUACAGUGUUAGUGCUAAAGCCUCAGGACCAGCUCCCUCUGCUCUUUCCAUAGCAUCCACACAGCCUUCCUUUGCCUCCUCAACUCACAGCAGAGAAACCCAGAUAUCUUCAUCCUUUCUGAAGAAAUCCAAGUUCACUUGGAUCAAGAAUCAGAACAUGACAGGAGGGAAUUUCACCACAAGCAGAACCACUUCUGUUCCUCCAGCAUCAGUCUCCAAAGCUACAGGGAGCCCGUCUUUACUUACCCCAAGCAAAAAGGCCUCUGCCAAGAAGUCACUUCGAAAGCUGGUCCCAGUUUCUGUUACCCCAAAGACCUCAAAGUACAAGUGGGUCUCUUCUGCUCAGCUGAAGUCCUCCCGGAAGUCCCCCUCCCCCAAAUCACUGAGUCCUCCUCAGAGACCAGGUGAGAAGGGAGACGCCACCAAAAAAGCUAAAGCAGCCAUUGCUGCUUCCCCAAGACAGAAGAAGGGAAGUUCCGGCUCAUCAGCCAGUGCAGCCCCAGGAAGUCGUUAUCGCUGGAAGGCCAGUGGUGUGGGAGAGUCUGCAGGAGCGACAGGAGCACUAAUAGGCAAUCGUCGUAGAUCAUCCUUCCACUGGACAGCAGACAACAACAGCAGAGUGUUUAGAGGAGGGCUUUUUCUUCCUCCUGCUGCAUCCCCACAAGCCUCCGUUCCAUCGUCUUCUCCCAGUGCGUUCAAGCUGCGCAGCAGGAUGAAGAUCAUCAGGAAGUCCAGCAACAGUCACGGUGGCGGAGGCGCAGAAAAAGGUGCUGCUCCAUCAGCAGGAAGGUCCUCCCCACGGGCGAGAAUUCACCCUGUGCCCCGGAGACCCGCCGGCGUCAGGAGGACACCCUCCAGGGAGCUGGUGGCUUUUGGGAGGCACAAACUGAGGCGCUUGUCUCCAAGCUCAUCGAGGACAAAUCCCACGUCCACCUUAUCACAUCCUGGCUCCGCCUACCAACGGGUAUUCACGUCGCGAUACAAGAUGGUGACCCGCCCGGGCUCCACCUCCACCUACGUCCACCACUACAACCCCGCACUCUCCUGGCGUGCCAAGAAGAUCCAGUCUGCCAGGAGUUUCCUCCAGAGACGUCAUCGGGUUCCCUACAACACGCACCUGUCGUUCAGCCAGUACUGGAGAGGGACCCAGAUGUGCUGGAUCGAUGACUCCCUGUACAGGGUCUCGGCCAACAGGCUGUCUCGCACAGCACCGGCCAGCCUGUCAAUCAACCGAACAGGACGCUCUCCCGGCUUUCAACACUCGCAUCUAAGCCCUGCCUUGCUCCGAGCCUCCAGCACUCGUAACUUAGCCAGCCGCGCCGUCCAGCGCAGUCUCGCCAUCAUCAGACACGCCCGUCAGAAGAAGCAGCCGAGGCAGUACUGCAUGUACUACAACCGUUUCGGCAAAUGCAACCGCGGCACCAGCUGCCCCUACAUACACGACCGGGACAAGGUGGCCGUCUGCACAAGGUUCCUGAGAGGGACGUGCAAGCAGGCAGAUACAUGCCCAUUCUCGCAUAAGGUGGCCAAGGAGAAGAUGCCCGUGUGCUCCUACUUCCUAAAAGGCAUCUGCAACAACAGUGAUUGUCCUUACAGUCAUGUGUACGUGUCCCACAAGGCUGAAGUGUGUGAGGACUUUGUGAAAGGCUACUGUCCCGAGGGAGAGAAGUGUAAGAAGAAGCACACUCUGGUGUGUCCGGAUUUCUCAAAGUCCGGCUCGUGUCCUCGAGGGUCCCGCUGUAAGCUGCAGCACCGCCAGCGAGUCAAAUGCAGCAGCAGCAGCUUCACUCCUCCAGCCAAGAAAGCCCGCAGGGAGCCUGUAGAGAGGCCUCAUCUGUCAGUCAUGAUACCAGAGGACUCUCAGGCAGCUCAGGGGACGCCCAAAAGGAGCUCUCUGGCCCUGCCAUCCUACAUCUCCCUUUCCAGCUCUCCAGAGGAGGCGGAUGCACCAGACACUCUGCCAGUCAAAGAGAAAAACCUGCAGAUCAAACCCCGUCUCUGACUCCCCGGCGCGUCGCGGGACUGAUGGUGAGAACGACCGGAUGUUUGAGCCUCUGUCCUUUUCCCUCUCAGCGAUUUCACUCAGGUUCCCAGUUCUACUAUCAUCAAGUUUUAUAUAUUCUAAAAGAAGCAAUAAAGGUUUU